GACCCCAGCAAACAGCAGGUCCUGAGCCCUAGCCCUGGGGAAACCUUGCAAUGGCCCCUGAAGGUCAGGUAUCUGGUUUUCCAGCAGAGGAAACAGAGAUCGAGAGAGGCUGUGUGAUUUGCCAGCUGUCACCCAGCUACAGGGAGCAUCUGACCAAAGCCGAGGAGCAGCAAUGUCCGUGAAGGUGGCGGCCCCGGGAAACAUGGGGCUGGGCCCAGAGCACCUGAGCCCUGAGGAGCUGGUGCGACAGACGCGACAAGUGGUACAGGGGCUGGAGGCCCUGCGGGCAGAGCACCGGGGCCUGGCCGGGCACCUGGCGGAGGCCGUGGCAGGACAGGGCCCGGUGGCUGGCCUGGAACUGCUGGAAGAAAAGCAGGAGGUGGUGAGUCACUCACUGGAGGCCAUCGAGCUGGGGCUGGGUGAGGCCCAGGUGCUGCUGGCCCUGUCGGCACAUGUGGGCGCGCUCGAGGCUGAGAAGCAGCGGCUGCGAGCGCAGGCCCGGCGGCUGGCCCAGGAGAACGCGUGGCUGCGGGAAGAGCUGGGGGAGACGCAGCAGCGGCUGCGGGCCAGCGAGGAGGCUGUGGCCCAGCUGGAGGAGGAGAAGAGCCACCUGGAGUUCCUGGGGCAGCUGCGGCAGUAUGACCCGCCUGCAGAGAGCCAGCAGCCCGAGUCCCCCCAUCGGCAGGACAGCCUGGCCUCCCUGUUCCCCAGUGAGGAGGAGGAGAGGAAAGGUCCCGAGGCAGCGGGGGCCAUCUCUGCUCAGCAGGGUGGCUACGAGAUCCCGGCCCGCCUUCGGACCCUGCACAACCUCGUGCUCCAGUACGCGGGGCAGGGCCGCUACGAGGUGGCGGCACCCCUGUGCCGCCAGGCCUUAGAGGAUCUGGAGCGGAGCUCGGGCCACUGCCACCCUGACGUGGCCACCCUGCUCAACAUCCUGGCGCUGGUGUACCGGGACCAGAACAAGUACAAAGAGGCCACAGACCUUCUCUAUGACGCCCUGCAGAUCCGGGAGCAGACGCUGGGCCGGGAGCACCCCGCGGUGGCCGCCACCCUCAACAACCUGGCCGUCCUCUACGGGAAGCGUGGGCGUUACCAGGAGGCGGAGCCCCUGUGCCAGCGCGCCCUGGAGAUCCGUGAGAAGGUCCUGGGCGCUAGCCACCCGGACGUGGCCAAGCAGCUCAACAACCUGGCCCUGCUGUGCCAGAACCAGGGCAAGUUCGAGGAGGUGGAGCGGCACUACGCCCGGGCCCUGAGCAUUUACACGGCCCUCGGUGGGCCUCACGACCCCAACGUGGCCAAGACCAAGAACAACCUGGCCUCAGCCUACCUGAAACAGAACAAGUACCAGCAGGCGGAGGAACUGUACAAAGAAAUCCUCAGCAGGGAGGCCCUGCCCGCCCCUCUCGGAGCCCCCAACACAGGCACAGCUGGUGACGCAGAACAGCAGGUGAGGACAGGCUUUGCCUCAGCUCCCAGGGUGGAGGUGGGGACUGGAUGGAAUGGGGGGGGACUGACCCGUGUCCCUGGCACCCUCCCCAGACCCUUCGUCGGAGCAGCUCAUUCUCCAAGCUCCGAGAGUCCAUCCGGCGGGGAAGCGAGAAGCUGGUCUCCCGGCUCCGAGGCGAGGGGGCGGUGGGGGCAGCUGAGUGAGUGUUGGUGUCAGGUUGGUGGCCGAAUCUGUAGCCCACCCCUCUCCCUGCCCUGCUCAAGAACCUUCCAUGGCUCCCACCUCCCCUGCCACACAUACAAUCAAACCUGGCGCUGGAGAGGUCCCUCCCAGGGUGGGAGCCAGACACUCCUGGGCUCACUUGUGCCCCACCCCCCGACUUUCCUCUGUAGGAUGAAGAGAGCCGUGUCACUCAACAUGCUGAACAUGGAUGGUACCAGGGCUGCUGGGAACCAGUUCCCCAGCCGGCACCUGAGCGAGGCCUCUCGGACCCUCAGCGGCAGCACGCAGGACCUGGGCCCCCGCUGAAGGCGACAGAACCACGUGGCUGCGGCUUCUCAGGAGGAGCGGGAGUGGGAUGGGAGGAGGGGACGGGAGUCCUUUCAUCUCCCUGACUCGCUCCCACCCCUCGGGGGCACCCAGUGUCUUGGGCUUCCCCGCUGUCCUCUCCUCCUGUGAUUAAAGGCUGUAGACUUGGCAGCCAGAA